GCUCGACAUCUAUGGUUUCCAAGAGGAAAGAGCGCCCUCACCUCUCUAUGGUCGUGCUGGCGCCGCGGGGCCGACGGGAGGCUGGCGGACUAUGCACAUUUUUCCCUCAUUACCUCACGAGCAGGGAGGAGGUUGCCGGGAUCGCGGAGGACUUUCCCUCGGCCUCGCUCCAGUCCUCCAGCUCCCCUCGCUGCCCGGCGGCCCCGGGAAGCCCGGCUCCCGGCGGGCCCUGCCCCCGCGCUGCCCCCCGCCCGCCGGGCCCGCUUCUCUAGGGAGCCUCGCCUAGGCCCAUGGCUCCAUGAGGCGGGGGAAGGAGGUGGUGGCGGCGGGGCAGCAGCAGCAGCAGCGGCGGCGGCGGCGGCUGGGCUGAGGCGGAGGAGAAGCCGCGUCCGCCCCGGCCGGGUGUAAAAGGGUUCUGCAGUGCUCCAGGCAGCCAGUUUUGAAGCAGGAUGGGAAAAAGACGCUGUGUUCCUCCACUGGAGCCCAAGCUGGCAGCUGGCUGUUGUGGGGUAAAGAAGCCCAAAUUGUCUGGGAGUGGAACUCACAGUCAUGGGAAUCAGGCCACAACCGUACCAGGCUCCAGUUCAGGUCCUCUUCAGAACCACCAGCACACAGACGGGAAUAAUGGGAGGGAGAACGUAUCUGACUUGACUUUGGGCCCAGGAAAUUCCCCAAUUUCUCGAAUGAAUCCCACUUCAGGAGCUCUGAGCCCACUCACUCGGCCCAAUGGAACUGCCAACAGCGCCAAGAACCUGGUGGUGACAGCGGAGAUGUGCUGCUACUGCUUUGAUGUACUCUACUGUCAUCUCUAUGGUUUCCCUCAGCCACGACUUCCUCGAUUUACCAAUGACCCCUAUCCGCUCUUUGUGACGUGGAAGAUGGGGCGAGAUAAGCGGCUUCGUGGCUGCAUCGGGACCUUUUCAGCCAUGAAUCUUCACUCAGGACUCAGGGAAUACACAUUAACCAGUGCACUUAAGGACAGCCGAUUUCCCCCCCUGACCCGCGAGGAGCUGCCCAAACUCUUCUGCUCUGUCUCCCUCCUCACUAACUUUGAGGAUGCCAAUGACUACCUGGACUGGGAGGUUGGGAUCCAUGGGAUCAGAAUAGAGUUCAUCAAUGAGAAAGGUGUCAAACGCACAGCCACCUAUUUACCUGAGGUUGCUAAGGAACAAGACUGGGAUCAGAUCCAGACCAUAGACUCCUUACUCAGGAAAGGUGGCUUUAAGGCUCCCAUUACCAAUGAUUUUAGGAAAACUAUUAAACUCACCAGGUACCGCAGUGAGAAGGUGACAAUCAGUUAUGCAGAAUACAUGGCUUCCCGCCAGCACUGUUUCCAGAACGGCACUCUUCAUGCCGCCCCCCUCUACAAUCAUUACUCCUGACACACGGCUGCAUGACCAGUCCCACUCCCCAGUUGCUGCCAACGGCUACGACAUCAUUGGGGCAGAUGCCUCCUCUUCCUGGUCCAGUUACUUCUAUUACUGCACCAUUUUAUGAUGCUAGCUUCCGUUGCCAAGUCUGCCUUCCAGCUGACCUGGGGGGAGGAGGAGAGCAUGACAGAACCUCAGGGGCCCAAGCCUUAUCUCAGCCUUCCCUCUGAAUGGGGGUUCAGCUGGAUUGGGGCUCCAUGCUUAUGAACUGUGGUGAGGUGCAGAAGACCUCUAGAGUGUAAGUGCCACUUCAGACUGAUCCGGUCUUGUGUGUUACCAACACUCUGGAAACUUGAAUUCUUUGGUAUGGAAGCCCCCCAGAUCAAAUAGGAGCAUUCCCCUGGCAGCCUGGGCAACGGAGUCUAACAAAACAUUUUUUAGGUUCUUUUUAAUUUUUUUUUAAUUUCUGAUAUCUGUUGUGUACCAAGAGCUGAUUGCAGCCCCCACACAUCGCAGGCCAACGUCACAAUACUGGGGAGGGCUCAACAUCUGGUUAGCACCCUGUCCUCAUGCACAGAAAACAUGUAAAGAUGUGAAAAAAACAUUUGGAUGGUAUUGCAGGUGAAUCCGUUGUUUAAAUAAACCCUAGAAGGCAUUAAUUCUCAGAUCCCACUGUAGGCUGGAUUCUCUAGAAGUCCUCUUGGUUUACAGUUUUCUGGGUCUUCAGGCAGUGCUUUGUAACGCAGCCUGCAGUGAAACAGGGCAGCAAGGCCUCGGGGGGCAACGUGGCACCUGCUGCCUAUGCAAAGGACUCGAGUGUCCCUGCACAGUCUUCUCUGCCAUGACCAAGUUUUGUGUCCAAACAUUUCCCAUGGAGCCUGAUUGGAUUAGGAGUUGGGAGGGGUUUGCAGGGCUUCGACUGUAGUCAUACCAGCCAGACUAGUGACUGAAAUUUGUUUAACGGAAGUUGAUAGUCUUGGGGACCUUCCUUUUGACAGGACAGCCACUUCUCUGGUGUGACUAUGGAUCUUGAGAGCUGUGAGUGUUCCAGUUUCUAGCAGUUCUAUGGAACAGAGAUGUGUAGUUUCACUGGUAAGUUACUAUCUUGCACAGUUUAGUCAUUACCACAUCAAGGCAAUGAGUGUGGAAACCUACAUGAACCAAACUGUGAAACUCGUGCAUUCUGUAUUUCUUCUCCCUUCAUUGAUGAUUACAAGAGAUACUCUCUUCUAAGAGGAAGUUAUUUAGUUGUUGUUCUGCAGCAUCAUAGAGGGAUGUCAUAACCACUAAAUUAUGACACUCUCCAUGAGGACACUGGACUUGAAAAUACAUUCUCUUUUUUUGUUUUUCAAGUUUCUAAAGGGUCAACAAUGAUCAGGAAAGAAAAUACAACUGCAGAGCUGAGUAAUGGCUGUUUGGCAGCAUCUGUCUUCGAACUUUUCUUGUGUGUGGUAAUGAUGGCUUCUAAAACUGGCUGGUGUUUCAAGCCUGAAAUUCUCCCCUGCCAUGGCAGGGCAUAGAGCUGGUAGAAAGCUCAGAACUGGUGCUGCUGCUCCUUUUGGGCCUAGAGAAGCAAAAAGAAUUGUGCAGUUUUGCUUCAUGUGGUUCUCAUGUUCUGCUGGAGGAGAAACGAGGGAAAGGAGGGGGUCCUAUUCUGGAUAAUGUGCAAUAUCGACCCAGCUUUCUUCCUGUACUGGGUCAUUCUUAUGAAUUGCCACUUUUCCCGUGUGAUGUUGUUGAAAAGCAGUUGAAGAUUAAGGGAUUGUUUCAUUAUUUCCUGAGAAUAAAUCAGUCUUGUUACAAACUCAAGUGGUUUGUAAUUACUCUCCCAGGUGCUGUGGUGUGAUGGGGGAGGGUGGGGUCAGCUCUGGACAUCCCAUUCACCUCUCAGCUGUCAAACAGUGUGAUACAUAGGGCUACACUCAUCACUGUUUAAGUGUUCUAUGUUAGAAUUUAAUUUCUAAAAGGUUUUAAAAAAGCAAAAAAAAAAAUGGUGCUAAAACUUCACCCCUGAGCGCGCUCGGUGAGACUGGUCAUGCAGGCAUCUAGUGCCAGGCUUUUCAACAAUAUGGUUUCUUUUUCAAAUGUUUGCCCUGUUCUGUGUCUUCAACAGUGUAUAGUGUUCUCCAGUUUAAUUUGUUUUGAAUAGGGCAUGGCUAAGGGGUGGGGUGGGGAGGGUUAGCUGUCAUUUUUAAAGAACAGAAUUUUAGGAUUGAGUGACUUGGUUGGUUUAAACCUGAAGCGGGCUAGAUGGUUUGGGACUGAGGAAGCCUUAUCCUCUCCCACUUCCAUUUCCCUGCUCAGUCUGUUAAAAACAACAAAACAAACAAUAAUGCCUCUAAAUAUGUACUGUGUUCCUGUCUUGUUGCAGUGAAAAGAGAAGCUAGCAAAUCAGAAACUGGUCUGCUGCCUAAGAAACAGGCCCUCUCAGCUUUAGUUCCACAAGGGUCCAGCUAUAAAAUCAGUUGAAAAGUGUGUCAGUAGUUAAAUUAGCUCAGAAAAAUGUAUGACAAGGACAGGUGGUCUCAGGAAAUAAUCCCAUUUCUAGAUCAUUACAUGGCAGCUAUGCAUAAGGAUGGAAAAGGUGAACUAAAAACAAAACAAAUUCUGAGUUGCCUCAAGAUGGAGGCACCAAAAUCAGUGACAAACUGGUGUAAGAAUUUCCCUGUGGGAUGGAACGACUCCUCAAAGCAACUUGGUUUGAUCUGGAUGUAAUUCAUCCUUAGAAGCAAGUGCCUUUUGGUCUAGAAGGGCUUAUUCUCAUGACAACCACAACUGAGAAAUAAUCUCACUGCAGUUCUGAAUUGUCUUUGCUUUACAGUAGCUACAGGAGAAUGUCUAUGAUCACUGGAGUCUGUCAGUGUUGGAAUGUUCCCACUGUGAGGUUCUUAAAGAUUUUUAUUUUUAUUUUUCAUGUUCAACAGUCAAUCUCAACUGAGACCAUUUCAGUUUGGGAACGUUUUAUGAUCAAAAUACCACAUAUCUACAAUUUAUCAGAAAAAAAAAAAAAAAAACAAACCAAAACAAAACACAAACCAACAACUAAGAAAAUCUAGGAGAUAAUUUUAAACUUUGCACAAAUAAUUUGGUUUUUAUAGUACCUUAAACAUUUGCAAUCUUCACUAUUAGUGCUGUUUUCUGUUUGUAUUCUGGAAACUACGUGUUGUUUUGUUGGGUUUUUUGGUUAAUUUAUUUCCUUAAAGCAGGAGACCUCUUUUGACCUUCAGUGCAGAGAUGUCAGACCAAUUCUUUGUAUAACACUUGGUUGCCUCCUACCUAUAUAAUAACUUCUGAGUGUAAAUAAUUGAACUCUAUCCUCUAAUGGAGUAUUGUAGAGAAUAAAUCAUAAUGGAAAACAUUA